UUUACCACAGGAUUGUCGGGCGGUAGUGAUCCCGAAGCUUCAUGGUUGAAUACUAUUUUAACUCGUGGCACAGCACUUGACCGCAUUUCAGUUAUGCAGCUUCUUGUUCAACGAUCUCCUGUGCAUUCAUUAUCUCAUUUAACUCAGUUAUUAUCCAUUAUGCAGAAGAAAAAUCCUCGUGAAACUUCUUCCGUUUUAGAGGCACUGAAGAUGUUGUUUAAUGAUCAUCUUUUGCCUCCGAGUCGCAAAUUGAUUCCACUGAACAUCAGGCCUUUUGAGAAUUUGAAAAAAUUAUCGGGAGGCAAUGAGGAAAAUUUGCGUCGAAGAUUGGUUUUAUGGAAAUUUGAAUCUGAUUUGAAGAAAAUUUACGAAAAAUUCGUCAGUAAUUUGGAGAGGCUUUUGUCUAUGCUUGUCAAUAAACUUGGUCAUCCUAACAACAAAUUUGUAAAUAAAGUUUGUGGUUAUCUUAUUCAGCUUUGUCGUCGACAACCAAAUAUGCGGCCUGUUAUUGUCAGGGAAGUUGAAUAUCUGAUUUUUAGGAAGAAUGUGGCAUGUCGCACACAACUUCACGCGAUUUCGUUCCUGUCGCAAAUUCAAAUAACUCGCCUUGAUUUCGAUUGUGCUUCUUCAUUACUUAGAAUUUAUUUUGGAUUAUUUCGAGAACUCGUAGCUAAAGGAAAAUUAGAUGAUAAAAUACUGUCAGUAUUAUUGUCAGCAACUAAUCGAGUUAUUCCGUUUUUAAAAGGGAUUACUAUAUAUUCUGAUCUGUUAGUAUUUAGUGGUAUGGUACCAGAUCGUUUUUAUGGAGCUCUUUAUCAUAAAUUAUUAUGCAUUCAUAACCAUUCAUCUCAAGAGAGACCUCUACUUUCAUUAUUAUACAAUGUGCUUAAAAUGGAUUCUGUUGAUAGUAGAGUGAUCGCUUUUAUAAAGCGUCUAUUACAGUUAUCGCUCAGUCGUAGUGCUUGCUUUGCGGGCGCAAGUCUUAUCCUGUUAUCUCGAUUAUUUGAAACACGACCAAAUUUGCUUAUAUUUACGACAUUUGUUGAUUCAUUACAAAUGGUGAUUAGUGUCUUAUUUAUAGUUAUUCGAAAUGAUACUAUUAUAUACGAUCCAUAUUCUCGCAACCCUGUUUACGCAUCAGCUGAUCGAAGUGUUGCGGCAGAACUUCUUCUUCUUGCUAAGCAUUACCAUCCGUCGAUUGCGAUAUUUGCAUCUAAUCUCAUGGCUAGGUUAAGAAUAAGAUAUGAUGGUGAUCCUUUGAUGAAUUUCACAUCUAUGCAGUUUCUGGACCGUUUCGUUUAUAAGAACCCUAGAAAGAAAAAGGUCGAUGAAAAAGGUCAUGGCUUUAGGAAGGCUUACAAUCCUUCCGUGAUAAAAAAAUUGCCCGUAACGAGCGAAGCUUAUGUAAUGAAGAAAAGAGAUGAGAUUCCUGUGGAUGAGCGUUUCAUACAUCGUUAUACGGCAAUGCAAGCAAGUAUUAAGAAAGAAGCAACUUUCGAUGGUGCUGAGGAUGUCUUUAAUGAUAUCGAGAGUGUUAACUCUGAAGAAUUUGAUAUGCUUCUCAGUCAUUUCGAGCCAGGAGAUAACAGUGGUUAUUUUGAAAUUGAUUUUGCCAAAGAAUUUGGAAGAGAAAAAGACUGCAGAAAAAGGAAACGUGGAACUGAUGAUUUUCAAGAAAAUAGUGAUAGUUGUUGCGAUAACGAUUCAAGCGAUACUAUUGAUUAUGAGGGUGAUCAGGUAAAUUCAGAAAUAAUUUUCGAAUUCUCUCUUAUUUAA